UCAUAUUAAAAAAUUGUUCUGACGGCAUGCUUUAAUGAGAUGUCGAGUACGCGUUUAUGAUUUUUCCGCAAAAGUCAAAGAAAGCUGCCCAAUACAUGCGGCAAGGAUAAUAAGCACAAGAGGGUACCCGGAAAAUGAUGUGCUGUGGAAACGCCGCGAAAUUGUGCUCCAAAAGAACUACCGAGCACAGUGCCACCUGUUUGUGAAGGUAUUUAAUGUUAUCGAACCCACGAAAUCCGUCUCGGUACCUCAGUGGCGCCAAAGCUCUAAAUCAUUCAUCCAGGUACUUCGCCUUUUUCGGUCCUUCAUUCACGUCAAGAAUCGAGUUGGUUGGCCUGUCGUUCAAGCUUUUUGUCAAUUAAGCAGCUCCACGAUUUUGUCUGUCAUUUUAAAGCCACUUAAGGAUUUGACGCCAUGUCUGUCAGUCAAUCAUUUUUGUGCUUUGCGGUUACUGCCAAGUAAAGCUCAGAGGUAAGGAUAUGUCAUUUAGGAAUAUUACAACGCCGGGUGGCUUGUUUGGGUAAUUUGCAUUUUCCGUGGAACUUGGUGGUUGACAUAGCACUUUCAAUCGCCUACUUCAAUGAAUCUGAAGGAUGUUAUGCGCAUAAACUUAAACGGCAUCUGUUUCUUCACACAAAGCGCGGUCAUCACCGAAAAUCUUGCGUCACUUGAUCAUGUACUUUGGCGUUGGAAGGACAAGUUGUUGUACAUUAAGUUUUCCAAAUUUCAGUUCUGCAUAGCAGAUAUCCCUGUCUUGGAGACUUCGAGGGAAGGAGCAGUGCUUGUAUGGUUCUCGACAGGAUCAAAAUCGAAUCUUGACCAGUUCCACGGACAAAGAAGCAGAUGGAGAGUCUUUUGGUACAAUAAUCUACGUCUCUUGUUUCUGCCCAGACUCUUCCCAGUAAGCAAGUCCGCUUAAUGAAUGCAUCAAGGGGAAGCGUACCCAUGGGUCCAUCGAGCCGUCGGAACAUCAGUUGACAUGCUUUAAACAGUAAAAAGCACGACUCUGCUUGCUCUUAACCUCACGCAUUUUACUUAGUUUUUUAUUAUUCGCAUGGAGGCGUCCAACUUGCCAUCGAUAGGGUUUUCCCGGAAGGAAAUAGUCAGAGUACCCAAUUUCAUUUACGGGUGAGGAACGGACCUCAACUAUCCGACCCGAGAAAAAAUACUUUUUGCAAUCAGGCACACUUUCAUCGUUCAGCAUGCGUACCUGCUAUAUCGUCUUUUUUGUGGUCACAACCGAUUAAAGCAGUAUUGAGACGACUAACAGAUAAGUUAGACAUAUAGCAGCUUCACUUAAAGUGAUUGAAGCCUUUCCUUCUUCAUUCUUCAAGAAGCGACUACAAUAGUCGUAACCGACGUGCUUG